CCUCGCCGAGGCGGGUCGUUUUCCGCACGUUCGCACGCUGGCAAUUAGGCGGCCCGAUUCGCGACCGCGUCGCUGGAGCCUCCCGGAGCAACGCGCGCGGAAAAGUGCGAUCUCCCGUCGUCGCGAGAAGCGCCGCGAGUGCGCGCGAGAAGCGCUCGCUCGUUCGGAAAAUUAAUUACGCGCUGCAACGUGUGCGCGGUAUAACGAUGUAACGGGAUCGUCGGCGGAUAAUCGGAUGCAGCAGUCGGGCGGACAAUUAACGCGACGUCGAUUGCGUUAACGUCCGGAAAUCGAGGCGGCCAGAAAUCGCGGCGGGCGAGCCGCGGCAACGGCAUAAGCGCGUCGGGAUCUCGAUGAGACUCGUGGAAAAUGAUCUACAAGAAAAAAACGCAGGGGUGUCGUCGGAGCUCGUAGCGGGUGUAAGCGCGACUCCUCCACCACCACCACCUCCUCCUCCUCCUUCUCCUCUUCUUCCUAGUCGGUCCUCCUCAACACGUGGUGGCUGCUCUUCGUAAUCGUCCGUCUCGUGUACCAGCCGCAUAGACGCACGUCGUGGCUAACUAUAGCUCGCGCAACGGGCAUAAACGCGGAGAUCUCGUCUCAAUGGGGACCCGGGGAUCGUAGCGCGCGGAGAUACGACGGAUGGACGGAUUGGGAGCCGAUUCUUCUUCGCGUACGUACACCGGCCGCGCGUCAUCGACUCCUACGUCGGGAAACGUCAUCGUCCCACCGACGCCUGGAGAUCAAUAGCGCCAGUAUUACCGUAACGUUUUUAGAAAGCUUGCCCUAGAAAAAGCUUUCAUUUAUCUAUACGUAAGGCGAGCAAAAAUACUCUCGCCCCGGCGAGAUCAUUUAUUCGGUUGCCAACUUAGUCAAGCAAGUCUUCCGAAAAUCUCUUUUCCGGCCAUCGGGAGAUGACGCGUGACGUGGCCGAUUCUUCGACUUCGGCUUCCGCGCGACAAUGUGUGUUCCCGCGGUGAGCACGUGGUCUGUCAGCGCGUUGUAGCCUAUCAUCCCCGACAGCGAAGAUCAAAGGCCCGAGUCGAGGCGAUUCACGUGGUCGCACGAAAAGGACUGCUCGUCGUGCUCGGCGAGCCGGAAGCGAUGUCUGCGAAUCAGCACGAGGUGACCCAGUCGAGUCGGUGACGGUCCUGAGGAGCUGUCGUCGUCGUCGUCGCUGCCACCACCACCGCCGCCGCCGCCGCCGCCGAUGGAGACGGACAGACCGUCCCACUCGUCGACCAGCAGGAGCUGGCAGCGUGGAAGUUAUCGCAGCCGGAGCGGAAGACGGCGGAAACGCAGGCGGAAGUCCUGGCCUGAGAGGAUCGCCGACUGGACCAGAGCCCUGAUAGCCUUCCUCUUCAGCAACGUCGGCAUCGUAUGCCUCGUGGUCGGCUACACUAUAGCGGGCGCUUUCCUGUUCAUCUCCAUUGAGGGUGAGACCAGCUCGGACGUCGCCGACAAUGUCAUCCGACUGAGAAACAUGACGGCCGUCACCCUCUGGGAGCUGACCUCCAAGGAGAACGUGUUCUCGGAAAAGGUGUGGAAGGCAAAGGUGCGGGAGAUUCUCGAGAUUUACCAGAAGAAGGUGGUGUCGGCCAUAAAAGAUGGAUACGACGGCGUGGAAGAAAAUAAAUGGACUUUCGCGGGCGCCUUCCUGUAUUCUCUCACUGUGAUAACGACCAUCGGCUACGGCAACAUUUGUCCCAGGACGAAAUGGGGCAAAGUCGUGACUAUAGUAUAUGCGAUAGUAGGAAUGCCGCUUUUCCUUCUCUACCUCAGCAACAUCGGCGACAUCCUGGCCAGGAGCUUCAAGUGGACCUACGCCCGUUGCUGCUUGUGCAAGUGUCGGAGUAAGCCGCACGCUUCGAUGAGCGUGGCUGCGUCGGAGGUGCCGAGCGAUCUGGCCGCGAAAAGAAAUCGAUGGCAGAUGGUGAACGCGCACGACGGAGUCGGAGAGGUAGACGCCUCGAGUUUGGAUCCGGAAGAAACUUCGCCAAGAGACGGCGACGAUGAGAACGGCGGCGGCGGCAGCGUCGACGAGGGCGACGGCAAUGACGAGGACGAAGACGGCGAGAGCGACAGCUACGAUCCUCAGCACGUGACGGUGCCGUUAACUCUGUGUCUAGCUAUCAUGGUGGGGUAUAUCUUGGGCGGUGCGGUUCUGUUCUCGAUAUGGGAGGAUUGGAACUUGUUGGACGGUUCUUACUUCUGCUUCGUCUCUUUGUCGACCAUAGGCUUCGGCGACUUCGUCCCGGGCGAUGAGAUCUACUCCGGGCAAGGCCUCGAGUUGUCUUUCAUCUUCUGCUCUAUGUACCUGAUGCUGGGCAUGGCGCUAAUCGCCAUGUGCUUUAAUCUCAUGCAAGAGGAGGUUAUUGCAAAGAUGCGGGCCUUGAUGCGCGGCAUCAAAUACGUCUUUAGGUGCGAGAGAUGACGAACGCGCUUCUCACCGUGAUCCUGCACCUCCACGAUAAUCGAUUUAAGAUGGAAACCUGACGUUAAACUGCGAAUCCAUAAAUUAUACUGCAUAAAUUAUACUGCAAUUUGCGCGAGAGUACGAGCGUAAGUAUCGUGUGCGGAUUUUAUUAUUCACGUUGAGCAAAUUGCUGCUGCAGCCUGGGUUUUCGCUUCAUUUGUAACGUCGACAAGAUAAGCAAGCCAUGAAAUCACUCUAAUUAAUUUGAUUACUUGAGGUAUCUUGUUAUUCGUUCAUUUUAUGAUAUCAUUAAUUACGAUAUCAUUAAUAUAUUCUAUUAAAUAUAUUCGAUUAAAUGUGUUAAUUAUGUCUCCGUUAAUUUCUUACUAAUUCAAUAUUUAGCGCAUUUUCACGCCACGGAGAGUCACCGUGCGUCGUCGAAAGUUGCUAUUGUCACAUGCGCAAUUGAUUAUUCAACGGGGAACUCAUCUGCUCAUGAGGGAGCAGAAGAAACGAUUCGAUUCGUAAUUAAUCGGAAUGCAACCGCAACCGAAGGGAUUCGUAACGAGAUGAAAUUAUUCUCCGUAAUUAACGGACCGCCGUUGGCGCACAUUACGACCGUUCAUCGAUCGCGAUGAACUCAGGUGGGAGAUGGAAUUUCUUUCAUAAAUCGAACUAAUGACACGAGGGACGAACGCAUCGUAGCAUGAGACGAUGUCAUUAAAAACCGCACUGUCAUUUUUCACGAGGAACAUUUAUCCGGGCGCGAUCCGCGGGAGUUAUCGUGAUGAGAAGUGUCUUUGAUAUUCCCGACGUCUCUCGAAAUCCCACCGAAACGUAGACACGUGAAUAAGCAAAGGAGCAAAGGCGGCCAAACGAUCGAGUAGAAACACACGCGACAGCCAAGAGCGUAGAUGAUAAACGAUAAAUUCUGCACGAGCCUCGGCGUCGCGAGGAGAACGUUAAUACUGUGUUAGCGCUCCUUCGCGAAAGAGGAGGAAAAGAAUAAUUCAGCUCGUCCAUUCCGACGUAACGUAGCAUCAUUGAGGAGAUAAAACACCUUUGCUGCGCGCGUAGAAAGCUUCAUUUUGAAACUUUGUAACUUUCUCACCUCUUGAUAUUUUAUUAUCCAGUCCGGCAUUAUUGUACUAGCAAAAAUAGGUAAAUUGGAAAACGAGAAAUGAAAUAAUGCCGAAACAGCAGCUGCUUCUUUCCUUUUUCAUAGCGGAUCUGUGUAAUAAUCUUACUUGUACAUUUCUGAAUAGAACAAGAAAAAUGAUCGCGAAGAGAAUUUUUUAGUAAAAGUUGCGUAAAAAUUAUUUUGUAACCGAGGAAUAACUCGCAGUAAUUCGUUAUCCUUCAUUUCAUAUGUGCUGCUUAUACCUUGGGAAUUGAAAUGUACUACUAAAACAUUUGCGAUGUUCCCAGCGAAAUCUGCUAUGUUUCUAACGGGAUUUGCUAUGUUCCUCAGUAAGAUGGACUCUACUGAUAGUCUACUCCUGGACUCCCUCCUACAAAAACAUAAUAAAAUUGAAAAGCAUUUACAUGAAAAAAAGCUAUAAUAUUAUUCCCGUGUACAUUCUCAAUUUACAAUAUAUUCUUCAGAUAUUGUCAUAGCUGCUUUUUUAUUUGCGAUUGUACUAAUAUGUCCAAGUUUAUUUUACAGAAAAAUACUUUUUAUUAAGACACUUUCUUAAUAACUUUGGCCUGAAAAAUUAUUUAAAAAAUCGGCUACGAUAACACUUAAAGCAUUUACUGCAAAUUGAGAAUGCAUUUUUUCUUUUUCCAUUCAGAAAUUUUUACAAGAGGAUAUCAGGUCCACCAUGAAGAAAGAGAGAUUUUACGGAAACUGCUACUGUCUCGCUAUUAUCUUAUUUUUCAUUUCCUAAUUUACAGAACAUUCUUAUUAAUAUAUAAUGGUCAUACAAAAUUUCACAAUAAAAUAUAAAAAAGCAAAAAAUUAUGAAUUUAUGUUUCCCAUUAAGUUUUGAAUUUAUGUUUUCCAUACAAACAGCAAUGUUUUAACCCCUUAGGUGUUUUAUUCCUCUAAGGGAAUGCUGGAUAUUGACAUAAUGCAACUUUCGUAUCUUGCAAUGUUUUUCUAUUUGGUCGUAUAAAAUUGUAAAUACUUACGCAGAAUGAAAAUGUAAAUGUCAGUAUAUGGCGGAAUAUCUCAUGUAUAAAAAACAAGAACAUUUGUAGCUUGUAAAUAAAAGAUAUUUUUUAACUUUUUACAUAUAUGAGGUACUCACAGAUAUUUAUAUUUUCUCUCUACACAAGCAUUCGCGAUUCUGCGCAACCAAUAGUUCAAAAUACGAAAUUAUAUCAAACUAUCAAACAAAUUCUAUUAAAUUAAAACGGCUCAAGGGAUUUAUAUAUCAAUUCUAAAGGACGAUAGGAGCCAAAAUACGCUGAUGUUAAUAAUGUUAAAUGUUAACGUUAAUAAUUUAAAUAAUAAUUGACAAAUAGUCAAUUAAUAAGUAAAAUAAAAUAAAUAAAAUAAAAAUUAAAAUUAAAAAUUAUUGAACUAAUAAUUUUUGAGCUUCAUUAUUUAUCGACGUUGAAGAAUGUUUCCAUUCAUUACGAAGACCACUUAUAUACGGAUCUGAAGAAAUUAAAAGUUUAUUUAUAACAACUUUAUUUGUGGCACAUCUAUUAUGCUUAUGACUAUAUUAAAUACUCUGAAAUUUUCAAAAUCUUUGUUUCAUGCUUCUUGUACUAUUUCAAUUAAUCUUUUUAUUUUAUUUAUUUUUUUUUAUUUUAUUUUAUUUAUUAAUUGACUAUUUGUAUUAAAUUAUUAACUAUAUUAUAGUUAAUAAAGCGUAAGUUAACACCAGCGUAUUUUGGCUCCUAUCACCCUUUAGAAUUGAUAUUGCAUUAUAUCAGUUGCGGCGUUCUCUUAACCUUUUACUGCUCACUGUGACUCUGAAGUCACACUCCAAUUUCAUCAUUAUUUAUCUACAAUAUGAAUGUUGUUCCUAUCCUGACCGAUGUGACAUGAAAGUCACAAUAUGCCUGUUUUUAAUAUGUUGGUAACGAUAGUAACUGCCUAACGUGAUCGGAAAGUCACAAACCUAUUUUGGGAAAGUAAAAAAUUAGAAAAUUUCACCUUGUAUGUGUUGAGUACUUUAGUUUUAAACAUCUUAUGUACAAGAAAAAUUUUUUAAAUAUAAGGAAUUAAUUUGGACAGAGUAGAGGGUUAACGUAAAAAUAUCUGUUCCACGAUGUCGGCCUGAGAACGCCGACGGACGCAAUAAUCACUGCAAAGAAUUUUCGACGAGGAUCUUGUCGUUUUUCCCGAAUUGUGCGCAUCUUCGGAAUUCCUCGAGCGCAUUUAUCGGCUCGUUUAUUGAGGCGAACGUUCCAUCGCCCGUCGUCCCGUCGGUCGGCGUAGGAAAAUAGAGAUCCGACGUCGUCGCGCGCGAAAUAUAUCGAUACCAACGCAUAGUGGGGUCAAACAACAUUUCGUGUUUCAAAAAAAAGUUACAGUCCCUAAAUUUGAACUGAUUUCGAUGUUUUUUCCUUAAAUUAAAGAUAAUAAAAUUUGAAACAACUCUAUGUAGCUAAACUUUUGUUUUUCUGCUUUCCUUCUUUAUAAAAUCAAUCUAAAUUUAGUAAAUAACCUA